CGACGUAUUACUAAAGCAUGCGAUUGCGAUUGUAUUUGUAGAACAGCGCCUGCAGUUCACAGGGUAAAAAGCAAUCGUGAAGACGGUGAUGCCAUCGUCAAAAAUGCCAUUGGGUAUAUAGAGAUCUAGAAGAAACUUUCAAUUAAGGGUCAAGGUACAACUACAAAAUGGCGGAUCCUCUUGGUGCUUUGCAUCAUGUCUCUCGUGCCACAGGGCGCCCCAAGCCUGGCAUGGAGCUCACUGGUCUUGAGAGGAGCAGAAUGGCCUCACCCCAAUCGCCGCGCUCUGAGAUCAGUGACGGAAGCCGACUGCGCAGCAUGCUCUUCUCGAAGAUUGAUUAAGGCUGAGGGGGCUGUGUUGAGGUUAUAGCAAACUAUCUACAACCAACAAAUACAUAGAACUACCUGUACCUCGUACUCAUUGUAAUAAAUCGAUGAAUUUUUAUUGACGUAAUCGCAAAUAAUGCAAGACCAAGUCUACAGGGAACGCAGAGAGUACUGUUUGCAUCUUCUAAUUCUCUGGUGAAAUAUCCCCACAUGGAUCGAAACAUCCUUCACCGAGACACGGUCGUCGUGACCGUGACUUCUCCGGCACAGCACAAUUGCAGUUUUCGAGUAGCAGAAGAUAUAGGGUGACUAAAGGGAUGGGAAGUCCUUAUGUGAAAGAAUGUGAGCAAAAAUCUCGUUACAACAAAAAUCUCGUUACAAUAACUGGUGGUCCUCCGAUACUUUUCCAUGUAGAUAAAUUAGUCGGUCUACUAUUUUUCUGACUUCUAGGUUUGACCAUGUCUUGGUAGCUCUCGUUCUUGACGCUCGUCGACGCAGGCACAAUCUGAAUCCUUUUAAGGCAGAACAAGAUCUUUGAAUUUUAUGGAGAUCGAUUCUUCUAAGACCACAAAGGCGAAGCAGACGCCCCUUCCAUGGUAAGAAGGGACGCAACAGCGAGGAAUCGAAGGAGUGGCCACGACCCGGAUGGUUCUCCAAGGGGCAGCAGCAUCAGAAAAAGGCGCUCAAAACAAGGGUCCUCCACGCAGUCGCCGCAGGAGGCCUUCGCUGCUGCCCAACAAGCACAAGCUCAGCGAGCGGUUGGAGCAGUACUCAAUCACGAGACCUUUUCACGGGAAAUGCAGAAAGCGCAAGACAAUGCGUUGCUAGAGGUCGCAGAUAUCAUGGUAGAAGGGCAAGAGGAGGAGGACGAGGGAAACGAAGGUUUUUUGAAGAUGAUCUCGAGUGUGGAAGUUUACAGUUUGGGUUAUCAUAAUCUAACUUAACCUGAGGUGUAUAAGUAUAUCGUUAUGUUAGAUCAUUUACCGUUCUUGUAACUUCUCUAGCUGUUCUUGAUUGGAUUGUAGGCCUUUUCUUCUAUAACUGUGCUCCACCUGACCAUCAAAUGACUUCUAGAUUAGCUGUACUUCUACUUACUACUCACAUUGACCACUCUCUAUGUAAGUAAGUGCAGACCAAAUUCAAACAAAUCAGAAUACUGCAUACUCUGACUUCAGGACGAAGAACAUCAACUAGUCGCGAGGCACAACCCUCACCACGACCAUCGAGCGCUGCUAUGCAAAACAAAAUAGAGGAAAUGAUAUAUCGUGUAGAAAGAGCCACUGUAGAAACUUUGGACCAGGAGUUGGCUCCGCUUCUCGAUUUAGCCGCAAACGAUGCAGAGUUUACCACUGCAACUGGUGUAGGUGGUGGUCAUGAUCAGGCAGAGCCUGUGGAUAAAGGAGUAGAGAAGAGUGCUGACAGAUUAGCAUUCGAAGAAGAAUGUGGGGACUACUUGGCCACAGAUGGAGCAGUAGAUGGGGAGUUUCAACAAGGUAGAGGCAGAUACCAAGCAGAUGGACGAGGUGGCCACCAACAACAUGAUGAACAACAAUUUGCUGUCCCUGCCCCGAGAAAACCAGCUAAAUCAGGAAAGGCUCUGUGGGGUGGUGCGAAAACCAAAAUUCGUGCGGUUGGCGUCGUCCGUGCCACCAUGCAAGCAGAAAGCAGACAACCAUUGCAGCAACGGCUAUUCAAACAAGUUUUGUUAAGACUGGAGUGAUUCUACAACUAUAGUCGGGGUUAUUGAAGGAAACUGUCUGUCUAGGCAAAGCAUGAUCUGCGAUUCUCCUCGGCUUUUUAACUUGAGGAUAUCAGCCCCCUACCUCGUGCGACUCGCUUUUCAGGUUUUACUAGUCAUAGCCAAUGAAUAUGAAUAUGAAGUCCACUCACAAUUACUUCUUGUUCUUCUUGUUCUUCUUGUUCUUCUUGUUCUUCUUGUUGUUGUUGUUGUUCUUCUUCUUCUUCUUCUUCUUCUUCUUCUUUCUUCUGCGUCUUCUUCUUCUAACUUCCCACACAAUGAAAGCAGGAUAUCGCGCGCGACGGAUGCGAGAGCUGGAUCAGAAUGAUAGCGCCACAGUAGAUCAAGAAGUGGAGAGGGGCAGGCACAGAAUUCUUCAACUUCUUCGCGAGAGCACAGUGGACAAAGACAGAGUGCUGUUAUGACAUUGACAUGUAACUGUAAGUAAUCGACGCAUGGAUAAAUCAAAUUUGAGAUUAACAUCUCCGAGGACCGUGAUAUCUUCCUCUCGACCACCUUCUUUGGCUCUACGACCUCUAACUUUCCAGAAGCAAGCGACUAAAAGACAGUUAGAACAGGAGGAAGCGGACCGGAGGAAUAAAGCUGAAAAGAAAGCGGCUGUAACUGAAGAUUCGAAAACGAAGACGGAAGAAGAGAUAAUAGAAGACCUUUGCUACGAAUAUUUUGCGAACGAGGUGGAAAUAGAUCCGACUGGAAGAGGGAAAUUUAUGACGGUUAUUUCUUUUGACCAUAUAAUGGUGGUGGAAUUUAGUACAAGCAUCGCACACUAGAGCGUUUUUCGCGACGUAACGAAAAGAGUCUGAAUCACUUUAGUCGGCUUGCUGCUUUUCCACAUCCACAACCACGUAGUUACCGAAGGAGGCCUCUACAUUUAGUACAAACUUCAACACUUAGCUGCUCUAAAAUUCGGUCUGACAAUCCUGCUUGUAUUGUACCUGGAAACGUGUUAGGAGCUAGUGGCCACGAGGCCAUUCUUGGCGUGAAUCCUCGACUAGCACAGAUCCAGAACCAGCAAGCGACAUUACUAGAGACCAGGACUAGGAGGUAUGAGCUUGAAGAUAUUAAGGCUCCUGGAAUCAACUAUUUUCAUGGUCAAACGUCAGUACGAGGUCGAGGACCUCUAGUUGUACACGGAGUCGAGGAGGUACAAGAAGAACCUCAUGAUGUUGAGCAAGAAGCUGCACCAGACCCAGCACUAGUUCCAACGGACGAAAAGCAAGAGGGCGUAGAAAUCAUAGGCGAUGAACAAAUGAUACCAGCUUUGGUGACCAGCGUCGCAACUCCACGAACCACAGAUAAAGUACAAGAACAAGAACUUCUUGUAGGAGCGACAUUUUCUACUCCUAGUCAUCAAAGCAGGCAAGCUCCAGUCCCCAGUCCUGCCUCACAGCAAGUUUUGCUGCUUCCAGCGCCCUCUUCUCCCGCAACUUCGUGUCAAACUGUGUCACCUAGAGGCCUUUUUAGCAAUGCAGCGUCUCCCAAAAUGGACUAUGAUGUCCAAGGUGGUCGCGCCAGAUCACAAACAGCUCCGUCGUCGACGUCUCCUUCCAGGACCAAUUUCUAUCAACCUGGUUACAACUACCAAGACUAUAACGGUCACGAAAACUACUACCAGGAUGAGCACGAGAGGAAUAAGAGUAUUUGUAUUCGAGAUCGAGACGAAGCUCGAGAGCGCGUGUCUCCUAGGCGACCAAGGUCUGUACAUGAGCUUCUAAACAGAGACCUGAUGAAUCCACGAAGCUUUGGCGUGAUGAUCGCUAAAGUGCCUCCUGAGCCGCCUGUUGUGUCUCGCCUGGAUGAAAUAGAUAGCCUGAAUGUAGGAGGUGAUACUCCGGGGCCAUCCGGACUUGGACAAGGACAAGGAUACGACAUGACCACCAGAACACCUCCGCGGUCAACAUCGUCGCCACCAAGAUCCAACGACGGAAAGCGUUUGGGCGUCUACAAACCUGGAAUGGAGAGGCCGCUUUCUGAUCAGAGACCUCAACACGUUGAGCGUCAUCCCGUCUCUUCGCCAAUGGAAUGGCCAAGCACUUCGCCCAGUGCUUUUCAUGUUAUGAUAGAUAUUUCUUGUGGUCAAAAAUUUUGUACGAUUUGUUAAUCUACGACUACCUACGUAGUUUCAGUUUGUUUCGUGACAGUAGACCUAGACACGCCUCUGGACGACUUUAGUGACCAAUUUGAGCCCCUUCUAAGCAGAGCUCCCUGACGAGACAAGCCCGAUUUACGCGGUGGGGCAAACUGCGAGCGAAAGUCUUGCUCCAGCGACAUGACAAGAUUUUGAGGCUACACGAUACGACGAAUGGCCCGGCUUGUACCGACGCAACGCUCACACGCGUCUUCGAUGACACCAGAAAACAGUUUUUGGCGAAAGAAGUUAUGACCGAGAAGGAUAAGGAUAGAUACAAAUAUAUAAGUCGUUCACUCAGAUCACUGAAUGCAAGAAAUGUAAGUUUAGCAUACCAACAGAAACAAAAGUAACUUGGUACUCGUGAUCGUGUUCUAAGAAUGAAUUCAGUAUCGUCUUCUACCCCUUCCUCCAACCUUAUCCGUAAGACCAAUACGCAGAUACGUGAGGCAGACACAGCAAGGAUUCAGAAAAUCAAUGAGGCCUAUCACCGGGAACAGAUAGAGGCACGGAAAAAGGCGAGAGCGUCAAUGCAUAAACCAAUGCUUGUUCAAGCACCCGAAAACAACCAAGAAACAGGAAAGGAUGCUGCAGGGUAAAGUUAUUAGAUACGAAUUACAUUCGGUCUCAGCACUUGUGGGUAAAGCUAAGAUGAAAAUUUCAACAAUACAUAGUAGAAUGUGUUGUAAAUAUUUAUAUCCUCUAUUUAUCACCUCCUCCGUAGUUCUUUUACUCUAUCAACACUAUCUUCUCCCUACCACAAUUUUCAGUGCGAAAAAGGAAGAUUCCGAAUCAAGCGAUAGUUCAUCGGAUGAAGAGCAAGGCGAAGAAAAUGACUUUCCGGAGUUGAAGAAGAUCGAACGAUCCAUAGAGAAUUGCUAUCGAGCAAAGUUAUGGUUAAAUGCUGAACAUGUAAAUCCAAGACCAAGAACCCAAAAAAAUUAAUACGCUCUUCUAUCUAGUAGUAGUAAGUAUCUUAAAGAUCAAUCUGUAAGUAUUUACCUAAAAGAACUAUAUUAAUCUAUACUUUUCAAUUAAGACGAGGACCUCUAAGAACAGAAGCAAAUUUCAAGUUGGACGAGUUGCGACGAGUCUUUCCAAGGAAAUUGGACGCCUAUCUAGCUCCAGAGGUCUUCUUGAUGGACGAUUACUGGUUAUCGACUGGCGGCAGCAUCGAAAAAUUCGGACAUCUGGCUUCUCUGCAGAAGAAAAAAGAAGCGAUGCAGGAUUUGUAUUGAGAGUUUUUAGGUUACUUGUAGUUCUGUCUAAGAUUCUGUCAGAUUGAGGCGUAAUUCUGUCUAAGAUUCUGAUUGUAUCAUCUUCUAUGUUGAGUUCUAUUUUGUGAGGCCUUCCGCAGGCUCCUCUCUACAGAAUGCUUGCGUGCAUGGACGCCGUACGUGUAAGCAAUAGCAUGAACAUGAGUUCUAUUUUGUGAAAUUAUAGGUAUAGGAUGUAUGAAGAUGAACGAAAACAUCAUGGCAAAGAUCAAAAUUGAAUUUUAAUCAUAUCGUUGCGCUUCUAGUUGAGCAUCAUAAUCGUCUGUCUUGCUAGACUAGUUCAUCUAGUACUUAUUCUUACAUCACAAAUAUACCAUAGAUACUCAUACUUCCAUAUCACCUCAGGUUAGCAAGUUCUGUCGUGGGUGCAAAGGAUAAUAUGGAGCGAGCAAGUUUUAAAAGGGCACUGAAGCGUGCACGCGCUGCGCAGAUCAUGACAAGCGGGACCGAGGGAACCAAAAAAGUUCCAACUUCAUCUCGCUUGCGUACUGUAAUCACAAAGGAUGGCGUGAUAUUAUGAAGAAAUCUUUUUGCUGCCUCUCUGUUGUUGUAUGUGGCCCAUAAGAAAGUACAUGUCUCCAAACGUACCCUAGAAAGUCAGUCUAUCCUCGAUUACCAUCACAAAAUAAUAUUCUUCUUCUUUCAACAACAGAAGUAUGACCCUCUGGUGGAACUGAGUGAAUGAGUCAUGAUAUUUCCCGCAGGAAAUCCUUCAUUUCCACUCCCGAAUAGCUAUAGAUUCCGUACUACAUAAGUACUUACUAUUUAAUAAUGAUACAUAGUGUAUCGACGAGGACUAGAUUGAGUUUGAGAUUGUACAUCGCUAAUGCUAAAACCGCCAGUGGGUGCAAAUAGGACGAAUAAAAGGACGCGUAAUCAUGGUGGAGCUGUUGGGUCUCCUGCUUCUACUGCAUUAGCGGAACCAGAUUACCGUGAUCGGGGCAAGCAUGAUCUGAAGAAGCAAGACUUAAGGCUUCUAGUCGAUCACUGUCUGGUCUGAAUUACCCCACAAAGUGACUUUUUUGUCCACUUUCUUAGAGGAAAGUCUAUCUUCGAAGGGAUUUCAACAGGGAAGGGAAGAAAAGAGAGUCCACUCGACCAGGGAUAUUCGUAGUGCUUGCCUAGCGCUAAUAGACACCGCAAAAAGUAGACUGCGAUCUCCGGGAUCUAUGACGGCAGCUGAGAAGCGGCAAGACUUUAUGACGUAUUUGGCUGGCAAGCAUCUCCUAGAAAGUCCUCCAGGCAGCCCACGUGCCACAGUGCUCAGCGCAGCUUCGAUUAUGGCUAGUAGUUUUUGCAUCAUAAUCUAGCUGUAAGACCAUAGUCAUUGUUGGCUGUGCAAGUAGGAUCAUGCACUUCUUUUUCUUCCUCGUUUUCUCGUAAGGCGUGUAAUCGAGAUACUAGAUUCGCUCCUAACAGUAGAGUACAGGGAUGUUGAAACAUGAGCAUGACUGAAGAGGAAGAAGCUUCCCCGAUUAGGUUCUCCUUCUGGUUGUGCCGAGUGUAAAUGUAAAUUUGAUGUUUUCGAGAAAAUCACUGGCACUGUGUGUGUUGGCUUGUUCUAAGUCGAGCCAAAGCAAAGCAAAGGUUUAUCGCAGACCGAAAUAUAUGCUGGACACUCACGGCUUUCAAGAUCUCACACCAAGCAACGCCUCUUAGGGUUAGUACGGCUUUCAAGAUCUGACAACAAAGAACGCCUCGUAGCUGCACUAGAUAGUCUGGCGAUGUGGUAACGUGACUGAUGGGUGGUUUCCACUGAAAACUUGUUGUGGUGGGUUUCAUGGAAAACGUUCGAGAAGCGGAAACAUUCGAGACUGCACAUCCAAGAUUGAUUGUCCACCCGCUUCGGCAAUUCGAUAUGGAAACUUUAGACUCUCCAAAAUCUACCUCUUGUCAGGCAUACCAAUCAAUCAAUCAAUCAAUCAAUCAAUCAAUCAAUCGUAUUCAUAUUCUACUUCUAGAUUUCAAAUCACACACAUGCACAUACAACUACUAAGUAAACUUUCAUGUCCCUCACACGCAUCUAAUACCACAUACUUACUGUUAUUUCUUGAGAUUAUUAUACGCAGAUCAUGCAACGCGGCAGGACGACAGCCAGCAAUACAUCAUGCAUAAGAUAAUCAUCGCACACUGUAGGAUUGGAGCUGUACCAUAGUUGAAGAUUCUGAUAGUACUUUUUUCGUCGAUGUACUAAAGAAAUUGUUCUUGCUGCCAUAACUGACUGUACUCAGGAGAUAUUUUUUGGUUGGCGAUCUUGGUUUCGUGUAUUCCUAUUUGAUAAUGCGUAACUUUAAACUUUGAUUCUGUGCCUGAACCAAAUGGCUUCUGUAUGAAAAUGCAUCCAGUGCACAGUUGUUUUCGUCGAUUGUUAGUUUUACCGUUGUCUGUACAUCAUGAUCGCAGAAACAGAAUAUGAUGAUCGUAAACUGCUUUUCACCUAAUUCCUAGCCUGACUGGGGAAUUCACAAAUGUUGUAUUCGUAUCUGGAACAAGCACCAU